GUCGUGGAUCAACAGUGCUGUCGUGCGCCUCCCAUGAACGUAGUCCACCAUCUCCAUUGCCGCACUGUGCCAUGGCCGUCGGUUGGCCGACGUGUGCAUGGUCUCGCAGGUGACUUCAUGCGUCGUGGGUUUGUGGCAGAUGUGCAACCGCUGUGGGGACGUGGUCGGUGUGUUGGAGUACCGCUUCCCAAAUCCAUCUCCUCCAUCCGACGAGCAUUGUCCACCCACGUGCCCUCCCUUGGUGCUGUGGAAGUUGGGAGCGUUGUGCGUGCUGUUCGCCCGAACAUUAGGAGUGUCGUCGGUAGAAGCUUCCUGCCCGAAGCGAACGACAUCACGCAUGCAGUUGAACGUUGUGGCGGUCGAGGGCGGAUCGUCGAGAAAGGGCUGAGAGACCGGAACGUGGCUGUUGCGGGGACUGUUUAUGCACGGCCGAACGCCGCACACCGGCCACUAUCGACUGGCACGACUGCUGCACAAGAUUGUGUUGUGGGUGAUGGCAGGGCUUGUCCGUGUCGGUGCCUGCGAGAUUCGACCGUCACGAUGGUGAUCGUCAUCGACGUCAGCGACCGUGAGAGGGGGGGUGUUGGUUCGUGCAUGUUCCUCUGGGGCUUUCGGCGGAACUGUCUGCGAUGGGGGGGGGGGGGAGNGGGGGGGGGGGGAGUGCUUCAAGGUGCGUCACCCGCAAUCGAUAUGUUGUCGGUCGUUGGAGCUGCACAAGCGUCGAGAAACUCGGAAGUCCACCAGAGGAGAAUGCCAGUUGACGUGCAGGCGAGCGGGGUGGACAGCAGUUCACCUGACCUUUUUUGCGCAACGGACAGCAGGGGAUAUCGACAGUGGCACGAAGAAGGCAGGAGCGACGCCAGAACUAUGUUUCCGGGGAACACGGCCGGUGAGACAGGGGAGGUCGUUGUCGAGGGUACGGGGAUGGGAAACCGUGGGGAGAGAGCGGAGAAGGAUGACGAUGAUGGAACAACAUCCAUGGCGCCGGACAAGAUUGAUGAAGGAGUCGGUAAUCGGACCAAACCGCGUCCCGCGGGUGGACGGAAAAGGAAGGGGGGCAGCUCACCACGACCGCCAAAGAAGAACAACCCCUGGUCUUUGGAAGAGAGAUUGGACCUCGCGAAGUUCGCCGGUGAGGACGGCGCCCUGAUGGCCGAUGCCGAAGGUGCUCAGGCGUGCAUGACGAGGUCGAAAAGAUGGGAGCGAGUUGCAAGAAGGCUUGGAGACAUAGGUUACUCUAGGACGGCGGAAGACUGCAAGAAGAAAUGGGCGGAGAUGGUGAAAAAGGUGAGGGAGAUACGGGAUGCAUGCGAAGGGUCGGGGAAACAAGCAUACUGGGACACCACGACAGAGCAACGGAGGAAGCUAGGGGUUAGCUUGACGUUCGAGCGGCAGUUGUGGGACGCUAUGGAGUGGUAUCGGUUGAAGAAGUCGGUGACGUGUGACGACACACUGGCUUCGGAAGAUUUGAGAGGGGGCGGAUCACCGAGCGACGGCGAGGCGGGUUCGGAGGGKGGKGRGACAGAUGCUUCAGACACCGCCACCAAGACACGACGUACGUCAAGCAGGAAAGCCCGGGGGGGUGAUUCGCCAAUGUCGAUGUACGGCAUGGCAUCGAUGAUGGAGGAGUCAAUGAUGGCGUUGUGUGAGGGUUUGGACAAGGCUGCCAGCACAUUGGCUCAUGGGUCGACGAAUGGAUCCAGGAUGGUUGCCACAGAGAAUGGGGCUGUCGCCGGCGCGAUGCGGCAGGGCAAUGCCGUUUUGGAAAUGCUUGUCGGGGUUAUGGCGGCGAGAGGAGCAGGGAGUGGUCGGGGAGAGGACAGCAGCCACGAUACGGAUCCCUCCACAAGGUAGUGACUGACCGUCGGCGGCGUGGCUUCCAAUUC